CUCCCCGCCCCCACCAAAACCCACCGCAAGCCUCCGUGCGCUUUCGUCGAUGGCGACCUCGCAGCUGAUCUUUUAGCUCACUUCUUUGGGUUUCUUUCUUUCUCUUCUUGAGGGGGAUAGUGGUGGAGCGAAAAAAUGAAUUCUUUGACGGCAAAACCCUCCUUCGUACUUUUCUCUUACGCACCGUCCUCUUCAUCUUCGUCGUCGUCGUCGUCGUCUUCCUCCUCUUCUUCUUCCACUUCUUUUGCAUACGAGCCUCGUUUCGUCGCUCCGAUUAGCGUCGCUACUUGGAAGGAGCGAAAUGGCUGCCGCGGCGGUGCCAACCGAAGGAGGCCUUCCUCGAGAAUUGCCGCGUACGAUUCUUCCAAGAGCGAUGGCUCUAAUGCCGCCAACGGCGACUCUAAAGCGCCUAACGGCACUCUGUCAAAAAGCAGGAAAGAUCUUCUUCUGGAGUAUGUCAAGAAUGUGCAACCAGAAUUCAUGGAGCUGUUUGUCAAAAAGGCUCCGCAGCAGGUAGUUGAUGCUAUGAGACAAACCGUCACAAAUAUGAUUGGCACACUACCUCCCCAAUUUUUCACUGUGACAGUGACUACUGUUGCUGAAAAUCUUGCGCAGCUCAUGUACAGCGUUCUGAUGACUGGAUAUAUGUUUAGGAACGCACAGUACCGCCUAGAACUACAACAGAGCUUGGAUCAGGUUGUUCUCCAUGAAAAGCCGGAUAAAAAGGAUGCUCCAGAUUAUGCACCGGGUACACAAAAAAAGGUGUCAGGUGAAGUGAUCAGGUGGAAUGAUGUGUCUGGCCCCGAAAAAAUUGAUGCUGUGAAAUACAUCGAGUUACUUGAAGCAGAAAUUGAGGAAUUGAAUCAACAAAUAGGUAGAACAACCAUUGGACAAAAUGAAUUGUUGGAAUAUCUCAAAACUCUCGAACCACAGAAUCUGAAGGAGUUGACCAGUAGUGCGGGUGAGGAUGCUAUCCUUGCCAUGAACACCUUUAUAAAGCGCCUUCUUGCUGUCUCUGAUCCUGGUCAAAUGAAGACAACAGUGUCGGAGACUAGUGCACCCGAACUUGCCAAGCUUCUAUACUGGCUAAUGGUUGUGGGCUAUGGUAUACGGAAUAUCGAGGUUCGUUUUGAUAUGGAAAGAGUAUUAGGAACUUCUCCCAAGCUCGCAGAGUUGCCUCCUGGCGAGAACAUCUAAAGCUCAUCCAAACCACAAAUUGUAAGGUUUCCAAGGAGCUGGAAGUCAUAGUAUUUUCCCAGGCUGUCAUCUGAAGUUUUUGCUUUCUGGGCAGAGAGCUUUCUGUGCACCUAGAAACAGUCUCGAGCUUAAAGAUAACUUAUGUCAAUGCAUCUAACUGCUAAGCAGUGCAACAGGCGCAUUUGCAAGGCUAUAUUGGCAUGUUCAAUGAGAUUAUGAAAAUAAUGGAAUUCAUGAUUUUAUAUUGACUUUUCUUUAUCAAAUGAAACAUCCUCUGUUGCGUUAU